UCUUCUUGCAAUCGCCAUCUUGCAUAGCGGUUCUUUUAUUUUUCUCCAAAACUAUCAAGAUUUUCAACGUACUUCACUUCAGCUUAGAGUCUUCUGGGAAACGUGACAGGCUAGAAAUGGAUCCUCAGGAGGAUUUUGGCUUGGAUAUACUACAGGCGGCAUAUGUACUGGCCAUGUCUGCUGAAGAUUCUGGAAACGAGAAUAACAGUGGAGAGGAUCAGACAACAGAUACAGAAGGGCAGCAGGACAGGGAAAGGGAGAGUCCAUGUGAGCAAAGGGAGAGUCCAUGUGAGCAAAGGGAGAGUCCAUGUGAGCAAAGGGAGAGUCCAUGUGAGAAAAGGGAGAGUCCAUCUGAGAAAAGGGAGAGUCCAUGUGAGAAAAGGGAGAGUCCAUCUGAGAAAAGGGAGAGUCCAUCUGAGGAGAGUCCAUGUGAGGAAACCUGCAGUGAAGAAUCCACCCAUCGUGGCCAUGUUUGUUCUCAUUGUGGAUACACGACAAGUCGUCUGGCAAACCUCUCUGUACACAUGAAAAAGCACACAGGUGGAAACCCCUACCAUCUGGACCAGUCCAUAAAUAUGAGUGAUGAUGAUGAAACCAGGAGCAGAGAUGAGGACAAUUCAACAGAUGCAGAAUGGCAGGAGGAGGGUGAAAGUUCAAAUGAGGAAACAAGCUCUGUAAAGUCUCAAGAGAAACCUUUGUUACAUGGGGGAUGUCAAAACAAGAGCGAUAAACCAGGGCCAAGUCAAGAAACAGCAGCAAAAGCAGACUACCAUUGUACUCAGUGCAGCUAUGCCACAAAACAGAAAUACAUGUUGAACAAUCACAUACAAUCUAAACAUUCUGGUGUCAAACCUUACAAGUGUGACAAGUGUGAAUACAGGACAGCUUAUAAACGUAGCCUAUCAGUGCAUAUGGCAGCGAAACAUUCUGAUGAAAAGCCUCAUAAAUGUGACCAGUGUGACUAUUCCACUUCAUUAAAACACCUUCUAGACCAACAUAUACGUACACACACAGGUGAGAAACCCUACCUGUGUGAGGAGUGUGGGUUCAGAGCAACCCGUCAGUCUCAGUUACUACUACAUAAGAAAAAACACACGGGUGAGAAACCCCACAAAUGUGACCAGUGUGACUUUGCUGCUGUCACAAAGUGUCGUUUAGACGACCAUAUGGUGACGCACACUGGAGUCAAACCCUUUGCAUGUAAAGAGUGCACCUUCAGGACUGCCCAUAGGUCUAACCUGGCAAUACAUAUGAGAACACACACUGGUGAGAAACCCUACAAAUGCGACUGGUGCGACUUUUCAGCAGCACGGAAAGAAUCCUUAGAGAGUCAUGUGGCCGAACACACUGGAGUAAAACCCCACCGGUGUGAAAUUUGCGACUACUCUUCAACACGUAAAAACAACCUAAAGCAGCACAUUGCUAAAUGCCACCCUGAAAACUCUGAAAAGCCUUACCGGUGCGAUCAGUGUGACUAUCGUGCUUCAUGGGAAAGCAGACUGAAGCAGCACAAGUUAAAACACUCUGACAAGAAAACAUACAAAUGCGACCAGUGCGACUACUCUAGCGCAGAGAAAAAGAACUUUGACCGACACAUGUUAAAACACAGGGAAAAACAAUACAUGUGUGACCAGUGCGGAUACAGAACACAUUACAAAUUUCAGCUUGCUAAUCAUAAGAGGAAACACACUGGAGAAAAACCCUACAAGUGUCACCUGUGCGACUAUUCUGGUGCACGGAAACAGAAUUUAAACCAGCACAUGGUCAUACAUACUGGUGAGAAACCCUACAGGUGUGUGGAGUGUGGGUACAGGACAGCCGAUAAGUAUUACCUGAGAAAACAUUAUGCGAAACAACAUGGAGAAAAAUAUGACGAGAAAGAAAAGGGUGACUUGCUUGUAGUGCAGGAAACAGUUGAGAUUUCUACACUAUUGUCAGACUGAGAACUGUGCACGUGAUGACUGGUUGUCAUAUAGUGAUGAAGAAUCCUGAGCUCCCAUUGGUAGUUCUGGGAAUAGGAAUGAUUUUUUUUUAAGCUAUGUAUUUUGUACUUCUUAGCACAUCCUUUUUUGGAUUAUUUAAAAUUGCAUGAUAUAUACUAUUACUUAGAUGGAUACUAACCAACUAGAGUAAUCAGUUCUAAAGCAUAUCUUUUUUUAAUUAAUAUUUAUUGUGAUAACAUAUUCAAGUACUAGCAUAUUUAAUAUGACUUGUAU